AUGUCUUACUACCCCCCUUACCAGGGUGGUCCUCCCCCGGGAUACCCUCCUCAGCAGUACCCCCCGCAGCAAGGUUACCCACCGACGCACCAUCAACAACAACCAUCUUAUGGUGGAUAUCCAGGCCAGCAGUAUCACCAACAGGCGCCGCCGCCGCAGCAGAACCCCUAUGGAUACAGCCAUUCACCUCAGCCACCCCAACAGCCCUAUGGAUCUCCUGCCCCACAGCAUGGUUACAACGCUCCCCCUCAGGCCCCUCAGGGUUAUCAGCAACCCCCCCAGCCCCCUCAGGGCCAGCGACCAUACCAAGGCCAGCCCCGCCCAGCAGGAGGAAGCCAAUAUGGCCAGUCCCAGGGAAGCCAUCCUCCACCCCCGCCUUCGGCCCCAGUCUCGUUCGGAAAUGGCGCUCCACAAGGAUACAACUUCCAAUACUCCCGAUGCACUGGUAAGAGGAAGGCGUUGUUGAUCGGAAUUAACUACUUUGGUCAGAAGGGUCAAUUGCGUGGAUGCAUCAAUGAUGUGAAGAACAUGUCAACCUACUUGAACCAGAACUUCGGCUAUGCCCGCGAAGACAUGGUUCAGUUGACGGAUGACCAACAGAACCCCAUGAGCCAGCCAACCAAGGCAAAUAUCCUCCGUGCGAUGCACUGGCUUGUGAAGGAUGCGCAGCCGAACGAUUCUCUUUUCUUCCAUUACUCUGGUGGGCUAACAUAUGAACCAGGACACGGUGGUCAAACUCCCGAUCUGGAUGGUGAUGAAGACGAUGGAUACGAUGAGGUGAUUUACCCUGUUGAUUUCCGAGUUGCUGGCCAUAUCGUCGAUGAUGAGAUGCACCGAAUUAUGGUACAGUCGCUACGCCCCGGAGUGCGUCUCACGGCAAUCUUUGAUUCGUGCCAUUCCGGCUCAGCGAUGGAUCUGCCCUACGUCUACUCUACAUCUGGUGUUCUCAAGGAACCCAAUCUAGCUAAGGAAGCUGGACAGGGUCUCCUGGGUGUGGUACAGGCAUACGCACGUGGCGAUAUGGGUGGCAUGAUGGAGACGGCCAUGGGCUUCUUCAAGAAAGCCACAAAGGGCGACGACGUAUACGAGCGCAAUAAGCAGACCAAGACCAGCCCUGCCGAUGUAAUCAUGUGGUCCGGAAGUAAAGAUGACCAGACUAGUCAAGAUGCUCAGAUCGCUGGCCAGGCUACUGGCGCUAUGUCGUGGGCGUUCAUUGCUGCGCUGCGGAAGAAUCCCCAGCAGAGCUAUGUCCAGCUGCUGAACAGUAUUCGUGAAGAGCUAGCGGCUAAGUACAGCCAGAAGCCGCAGUUGAGCUGCAGUCACCCACUGGACACAAACCUGCUUUAUGUUAUGUAA